AAUUUCUUUCCAUCAUUUCUCCCAAUUAAUCGACCAUGGUGGAAAAAGGAAACCAACAAACUGGCUCACCGGUCUCCGAUGAGACUAAAAACUCCCUUUUCCGCUAUAAUUCCCCUUUAAUUCAAGUGGGCUUGAUCGGAUUAGUCUGUUUCUGCUGCCCUGGCAUGUUCAAUGCCUUAUCCGGCAUGGGCGGCGGUGGUCAGGUUGAUCACACCGCCGUAAACAACGCUAACACAGCCCUCUACACCACCUUCGCCAUCUUCGGCAUCCUCGGCGGCGGUAUCUACAACAUCCUUGGCCCCCGCCUCACCCUCUUCGCCGGCUGCUCCACUUACAUCCUCUACGCCGGAUCCUUCCUCUACUACAACCACUACAAAGACCAAACCUUCGCUAUCGUCGCCGGAGCCAUACUCGGAAUCGGCGCCGGUCUUCUCUGGGCCGGCCAGGGGGCUAUUAUGACCUCAUACCCUCCAACCGCCCGUAAAGGAACCUACAUCUCUAUGUUCUGGAGCAUAUUUAACAUGGGCGGUGUCAUCGGCGGUCUGAUACCAUUCAUAAUGAAUUACGACCGUAAAGGUGCGGUUUCCGUCAACGACGGCACGUAUGUCGGGUUCAUGAUUUUUAUGACGAUCGGAACCGUACUGGCUCUAUCGAUUUUACACCCCAGUAAAGUGAUUCGAAACGAUGGAUCUCGUUGCACCAACAUGAAGUAUUCCAACGUGUUCACAGAAGCCGUCGAAAUCGGAAAACUCUUCCUGAACUGGAAAAUGCUGUUGAUUGUUCCGGCGGCAUGGGCGAGUAACUUCUUCUACACUUAUCAAUUCAAUAACGUGAACGGAGCCCUUUUUACUGUUAGAACCAGAGGAUUAAACAACGUGUUCUAUUGGGGAGCCCAGAUGAUUGGCUCGGUGAUGAUUGGUCACAUUAUGGAUUUCAGCUUCAAAAGCAGGAGGACAAGGGGACUAGCCGGAAUCGGAUUGGUGGCAGUUCUCGGCACCGGAAUCUGGAUCGGUGGGCUUUUUAACCAGAGGGGUUAUAACCACUUGGAUGUGAAGGAGAAGACGGUGAAGAUUCUUGAUUUCAAAAGCUCGGGAAGUGAUUUUGCAGGGCCAUUUGUGCUUUAUUUCAGUUACGGUCUAUUAGAUGCAAUGUUCCAGAGCAUGGUUUAUUGGGUUAUUGGUAGUUUGGCUAACGAUUCCGCCAUUCUUAGCAGAUAUGUUGGGUUCUACAAGGGGAUACAGAGUGCAGGAGCAGCAGUUUCUUGGCAAAUCGAUAAGCAUAAUGUGUCGUAUAUGAAGCAAUUGAUAGUGAAUUGGGUGCUUACAACUGCAAGUUAUCCAUUGUUGAUUCUUCUGGUCAUAAAAGCUAUAAAAGAUGAAGAUGAAGUUAAAGAAGUUGAAGAUGAAGCGGUAGAAGAAGAGUCAAAGUCACAGGACAAUAUUUUAACGGUGGAUUAAAGAAACCAAGUUAAGAAGAAAGAAGAUUGUUUCUCUUGUUUUUUCUUAACAUUUAUGUGUGUAAAAUUUGAUUAUUUUGUAGUGUAUAGCAAAAUUGUCAUCAUUCUCAUCUAAGUUUUCACUUUAAUUCACCGUAAUUUCUCAUUCUCAUUGUGUCAUGUCAUCAAUUUAACGUCU